GGCGUGACGGCGAUCACCUAUAAGAAUCGGAAGUGCGGGGAAAUCGAGUCAAACGUAUCCAUUCAUCUUUCGCCACGGUUUUCGCUUGCGUUCAAUCUCUUAUACCACAUAGAAUCGACAUGAGCGGCGCAGAGGAAUGGGACAGCAAGACCGUCAUCGGUUUCAAAGCCAAGGCGCCCAAAGUCACUAGAAACACGUCGGACUUGAAUGCUGCGCGUCGAGCUGGCGCUGUCGUCGCAACCGACAAGAAGGUGACUGCUGGGACUAACAAGGCCCACGCAAGCACCGACCAUCAAAGAAUAGCCAAACUAGAUCGCGAAAACGAAGUCGCACCUCCCCCCAAGAUCUCGCCGACAGUCGGAAAGGCAAUUCAGAAGGGACGAAUGGACCUGGGCCUGACCCAGAAAGACCUGGCGCAGAAGAUCAAUGAGAAACCCUCUGUGCUUCAGGACUAUGAAGCUGGGAAGGCGAUCCCCAAUCCUCAGGUGCUUGGAAAGCUCGAGCGAGCGCUUGGCAUCAAGCUGAGAGGUAGCGACAUUGGGAAGAAGCUGGAGAGGCCAAAGAAAUCGUGAUUUGACCUCUCCGUAGUCGCACCAUGUCCUCACGAUUAUGGACAUUGCAUACUGCUUGUUAUAUAGAGUUACAUGUACCAUCAUCACCAAUGCUAUCCUCCCAUCGUGCCAAAAUCGUACGGCAGAGUCCUACAAGUGUCCCUAGAAUGAGACUGGUCGACGUGCUAUGACGCCUGGUCAUCGUUUGGCGUGCCAUAGGCAAUGUAAUCGGGGCUUU